AUGGAAGGAAACAACAACGCUGAUGGUGGCAUAGGCCACAAUGCAAUUAAUCCACCCCAAGAUUCUCAAUAUUCUGGUGCUGACGCGGAAGACCCUCAUGAGUUCAUAGAUCGAUUUUUGAUGAUCUGUGACACUACAAAGCACAAUGGUGUGCCAGCUGAUGCUAUCAGGCUCCGACUGUUUCCUUUUGCUGUUAAGGGAAGUGCUCUCAAAUGGAUAGAAAGGCAACCAGCAAAUACUGGAGGUUCUAUUCGGCAGAGUACCUCAGAGCAAGCUCUCGAUCUGAUAAAGAAGUUGGCAAGAGAUGAAAAUGAGAGUGUUCCAACCUCAGUAAAAAGAGGAGUGAUAAAGCAAGAAAACAAUGACACUUUGCUCGCUGAACUGUUAUCCAAAAAGAUUGAUAGUAAGUUUGACAGUUUGGCGCAACAAUUUCAUAAAUUCCAAGUGUCUCAUGUUCAAUCAACUUCUCAGGAAGCUCACGAAUCCAACGAAUGCUCUAAUUCGUUAUCAGAUGAUUCACCUCAACAAGUACAGGUUUCAGAAAGAAUUCCAGGUACUUUUCCUAGUAAUACAGUUAUCAAUCCAAAGGAAGACUGCGUGGCUAUUACCACUAGAAGUGGCAAAGUUGUAGCACCGCUUGCAAAUCCAACUCUUGAUCGUGCGGAAGACAAGGAACAAGAGGAGAAGCAGAAAGGAGCAGUUGAACCAGAGGCUGAAGUAAUUGUGAAAGAAAAGGAGAAAGAAGCCGUCAUUGAAAAGGAAAAACCAUCUUUCUUUGAUAAGAAUUGCCCAUUGACCCAUGAAUAUAUAAUGGCUCAAGCACCUUACCCAGAAAGGUUCAAGAAAGAGGUUACUAACAAGCAUUAUGACAGGUUCUUAGACAUCUUCAAGAAGCUGCACAUCAAUAUUCCUUUUGCAGAAGCCUUAGCAAAUAUGCCUGGAUAUGCAAAAUUCAUGAAGGAUCUGUUGAAGAAGAAUAAACUGCAAGAAUGCCAAACCGUUGAACUUACUGCAAAAAAUAGUGCAUUCAUUCAGCAGAAGAUUCCAGCUAAGCUUCGUGAUCCAGGUAGUUUUAAUAUUCCCAUUACUAUUGAUGAUAUUGCCAUUGGCAGAGCUAUUUGUGAUCUUGGGGCUAAUAUCAACUUGAUGCCUCUUUCUAUUUAUAAGUCACUGGGAAUUGAAGAAUUGAAACCCACAGAAGUUUCUCUUCAACUUGCUGAUAGAUCUGUGAGGAAACCUAACGGGAUCAUUGAAGAUGUUCUUGUCAAAGGAAUGAUUAAAUUAAGGAUGCAUGAUGAGGAACUCAAUUACAAUGUUUUUGAGGCAAUGAAAAGACCAGCUGAGAAUGAUGAUUGUUUUCAAGUUGAAGUGUUUCAAGAGCAACAUAAGAAGAUGCGUCCACAAGAGAUUGAUUAUGAGUUGAGAGCCCGUGAUCAUGUUCCCUUUGAAGGCAAAGAAGUUGCUGUGGAAGAGCUUAAAGAAAAAGCUGAUGAUAUAGAAGAUAAGCCACCCAAGGUUGAGUUGAAAACUCUGCCUGAUACUUUGAAAUAUGUAUUCUUGGGGAAUGAAGAGACUUAUCAUGUAAUUGUCAAUACGACACUAUCUCCUGGUCAAGAAAAGGAGCUUGUUGAAGUUCUAAAAGCUCAUAAGACUGCCAUAGGGUGGUCUAUUUCUGAUUUAAAGGGUAUUAAUCCCUCUAUUUGCACACACAAAAUUCUUAUGGCAGAAAACAUCAAACCU